ACUACGAUUGAAUUGACUACGAUUUAGUGUUAUUGUUUAUUUCGACGCGUUGCGUUGCGUCACAUUUCUGUUAAUUCGUAAAUGUUCGUCAAUUCCGAUUAAAUUCCUCCUCAUUUUAGAAUCUCUUUCGCACCGACUCCAACGCUAAUUGAUAGUUAACUCAAUCAUCACGAUUGCUAACGUGAGAACUAAACACAGUUUAUCUCAAAAGAGAAAGAGAGAGGAGGCGUUUUGAUACAUUAAACUGCUAUUGGCACUUGUCAAUUAAUUUAUUACAAGUUGGUGAAAGAAAGCUUUAACCGUAAAAGGAUGUCUGCACCGAAACAGCAACAGAAUGUUGAGCACAAAGAGAAGAAAAGGAAAGAAAGCAUUCUUGAUUUAUCAAAGUAUCUCGAGAAGAAUAUAAGGGUAAAAUUUGCUGGUGGCAGAGAAGCCGAAGGUAUCCUUAAAGGUUAUGAUCCUUUACUCAAUCUAGUGCUUGACAACACAAAGGAAUAUCUUAGAGAUCCAGAUGAUCCAUACAAAUUAAAUCAGGACACUCGUAUGCUGGGUUUAGUAGUGUGCAGAGGAACGUCUGUAGUGCUUAUCUGUCCUGUAGAUGGUAUGGAGUCUAUUCAGAAUCCGUUCAUACAACAAGAAGGAUAAGCAGGAAAGUUCUUCAU